UUCACUAUGAUCGUAUCCGGCAGUACUGGGUCUGGAAAAUCAGAAUGGGUUAAAAAUUUGCUGGAAAAUUUGGAGGAAAUGGUUACUUAUGAAAAUGAAAAACAUAAUCAAAUUGAUUUAGUCUUUUAUUGUUAUGGUGAAUUAAAUUCUAAUAUUAUAAAUAUGCAACGUAAAGGUUUUGUAAAUAAAGGUAAAACACAAGUUAUUGUUCACAAUGGGUUGCCUAACGGGGGAAAUGAAUUUAUAAAACAACAAGCAAGGCAUGGAAGAAUGUUACUAGUGUUAGAUGAUUUAAUGGUUGGGAUGAACCAAAUAUUUUUGGAUACAAUAUUCACUAAAGGGUCUCAUAACUGGCAAAUGAGUGUUAUAUUAAUAACACAGCAUUUAUUCAGUAAAGAAUUAAAAGUUGCCCGUAAUAAUUCUCAUUAUCUUUUAUUAAUGAGAAAUCCGGCAGGAGCUUUGCAAAUUAGAACACUUGCAACCCAAUUAUUCCCUUCAAAAUCAAAAUACUUUCUGGAAUCCUAUUCUAAUGCUACAAAAGAAAACUUUGGAUAUUUGUUAGUCGAUAUACAUCCUAGUACUCCUGACUUUUUACGACUUCGAACACAUAUAUAUUAUAAUACAGGAGAAAAAACUAUAGUUUAUAUACCAAAAUGA